CAUCACAACAUGAUGAAUCAAGAAGACAUGGAAGAAUUUGAAAAUCAACUGAAGCAGGAAGAAAUGGAAAAAUUGAAAAGGGCCGAAAUUGAAAGUAGGACGAGAAAAGAUGAAGAUGGAACGGUGUACGAGUUUGAUCCUGUUAAAAAAGCAUGGUUUCCUAAGAUUGAUGAAGAUUUCAUAGCAAAAUAUCAACUAAGUUAUGGGGCCUCAGCAGAUGGCAGCAGUAGUACAUCGUUCUGGCAGAACCCCCCAGCAGACGUAAACUCAGAAGAGUACAAAAUCUGGUAUGAACAGUACAGCAAGUACUACAAAUCUCUACACCAAACAGCAAGCAUGCCAAAAGCUCCUGCUACCUCACUAUCUACGUCAUAUGAUAUCGACGAUCCGGAAUAUUUUGGUAGAUAUCUCGAUCCCAGCCAGCUAGAUGAGGAUGAUGUUGAUUGUAAAAAUGUUAAUGAUACCAAAGAUGCUAAAAAAUUAAAGAAUAAAAAAGCUAAAAAAGAUAAAACUGAAAAAAAGAGUGAAACUGUUUCUUCUGUUUCUUCCGAAGAGGCUGAUAAAAAAAGAAAAUCUACAGAACACGAAUGGUUUGAAAUAGAUGACUCAAAAAAUACAAACGUCUAUGUAUCAGGCUUGCCUCCAGAGAUAACUGAAGAAGAGUUUAAAGAAUUAAUGAAUAAGGCUGGUUUGAUAGCGUUUGACCCAGUUUUACGAAAACCAAAAUUAAGACUCUACAAAGGGGAAGAUGGUAAUUAUAAAGGGGAUGGUAGAUGUUGUUAUAUGAAGCCGGAAUCAGUUCAACUGGCACUGAAUUAUUUAGAUGGAUCGGAUUUUAAAGGAUUCAAAAUUUCGGUGGAGAAGGCAAAAUUUGAACAGAAGGGCCAAUAUGACCCGACGAAAAAAAAGAGAAAAUUAUCAAAAAAUGAAAAAAAAAAGUUUCAAGAAAAACAAAAUAGAUUGCUAGGCUGGUUACCGGACAAAAAUCCAGACUCCAGACCCAGAUACGAAAGAAUUGUUGUUAUAAAAAACGUCUUUACUCCUAAAGAGUUUGAGGAUGAUCCAAGCCAAAUAAACGAGAUUAGUGCAGAUAUGCGUGAGGAAUGCUCCAAAUUUGGUGAAGUCAGAAAAGUAGUGGUCUACGACCGACACGACGAAGGUGUUGUAACGGUAAUGUUCAAGAAACCUGAAGAAGCCGACCUCUGUGUGAAAGCCCUGCACGGUCGGUGGUUCGCCAAAAGACAGCUCUUUGCCGCCAAUUACGACGGUAAGACCAAAUAUCAAGUCAACGAAACCGAGCAAGAAAUGAACGAGCGAUUACAAAAGUGGCGUGACUAUUUGGACAAUGGAUCAACUGCAAAGACAGAUGAUGAGAAUAAAACUCUUGAUAAUGGCGAAGGUGGUUCGAAUUCAAGUUUAAACGAUAGUAAAGCGAGUUCCCUAAAGGAUGAUAAUUAUUUUGAAGAUAAGGAGGAUGAGGAUUCAAAUGAGAGUGACGAAGAUUCAAAUGAUUCUUGAACUAUUUCAAAACAAUUUCUUAAUUUUAGAUUUUUGAAUGAUUUAAAAAACGCUUGUUUUAAAA